AAUGAUAAAGAUCUUGUCUAGGUUGCUAAUCUGUGCAAUCGCCUGGGAUCUUCCAGUCUCACUACUUCGAGAGAGAAACCGUAUUUUGGCUCUACAGAGGGCUCCUGACUUCGCCACGCUCACCUUCAGUGGUGCUUCAAGGCACUACCACUUCCCUAACCCCCGCCCCUGUGGCUGUCACCUAGAUCAUGGACCUAUCUAAGGAGAAAGCCCAAGGACAGGCAAAGACCGCCCACGCACUUUCAACAGGAACUCGGCCCCUUUCCUCAACGUAGUUCCUCUGAUUACCCUGUCCAAUGGACGUCGCUAUGAUCCAAUUAAGUUUCGAGGCUCAGAGUGACGCCCUCUAACCUCACAUUGUCCAAUAAAAAAAGGAGUUUCAGAUUAGCACCAGUUUUGACCAAUGGAUGAGAAGAUCAGCGUGUAUUAACCUGUAGAAGCAGCACAGAGAAUGAUGAGCAGCCAAUUCACCCAAUGGACCUGCCUACUGCAGCGUAGGCCUCGCCUCAACUGCAGGAGAGCAGGCGGCUACGGUUGCCGCAGCCUUCAGUCUCCACCCGGACUACGCCAUGUUGGGGCUUGUGGGUCGGGUGGCCGCUGCUUCGGCCUCCGGGGCCUUGAGAGGACUCACCCCUUCAGCGUCGCUGCCCCCAGGUCAGCUCUUACUGCGGGCCGCUCCGACGGUGGUCCAUCCUGUCAGGGACUAUGCGGUGCAAACAUCUCCUUCGCCAAAAGCAGGCGCCGCCACCGGGCGCAUCGUGGCUGUCAUUGGCGCAGUGGUGGACGUCCAGUUUGAUGAGGGGCUACCACCAAUUCUAAAUGCCCUGGAAGUGCAAGGCAGGGAGACCAGACUGGUUUUGGAGGUGGCCCAGCAUUUGGGUGAGAGCACAGUAAGGACUAUUGCUAUGGAUGGUACAGAAGGCUUGGUUAGAGGCCAGAAAGUACUGGAUUCUGGUGCACCAAUCAAAAUUCCUGUUGGUCCUGAGACUUUGGGCAGAAUCAUGAAUGUCAUUGGAGAACCUAUUGAUGAAAGAGGUCCCAUCAAAACCAAACAAUUUGCUCCCAUUCAUGCUGAGGCUCCAGAGUUCAUGGAAAUGAGUGUUGAGCAGGAAAUUCUGGUGACUGGUAUCAAGGUUGUGGAUCUGCUAGCUCCCUAUGCCAAGGGUGGCAAAAUUGGGCUUUUUGGUGGUGCUGGAGUUGGCAAGACUGUACUGAUCAUGGAGUUAAUCAACAAUGUCGCCAAAGCCCAUGGUGGUUACUCUGUGUUUGCUGGUGUUGGUGAGAGGACCCGUGAAGGCAAUGAUUUAUACCAUGAAAUGAUUGAAUCUGGUGUUAUCAACUUAAAAGAUGCCACCUCUAAGGUAGCGCUGGUAUAUGGUCAAAUGAAUGAACCACCUGGUGCUCGUGCCCGGGUAGCUCUGACUGGACUGACUGUGGCUGAAUACUUCAGAGACCAAGAAGGUCAAGAUGUACUGCUAUUUAUUGAUAACAUCUUUCGCUUCACCCAGGCUGGUUCAGAGGUGUCUGCAUUAUUGGGCCGAAUCCCUUCUGCUGUGGGCUAUCAGCCUACCCUGGCCACUGACAUGGGUACUAUGCAGGAAAGAAUUACCACUACCAAGAAGGGAUCUAUCACCUCUGUACAGGCUAUCUAUGUGCCUGCUGAUGACUUGACUGACCCUGCCCCUGCUACUACGUUUGCCCAUUUGGAUGCUACCACUGUACUGUCGCGUGCCAUUGCUGAGCUGGGCAUCUAUCCAGCUGUGGAUCCUCUAGACUCCACCUCUCGUAUCAUGGAUCCCAACAUUGUUGGCAGUGAGCAUUACGAUGUUGCCCGUGGGGUGCAAAAGAUCCUGCAGGACUACAAAUCCCUCCAAGAUAUCAUUGCCAUCCUGGGUAUGGAUGAACUUUCUGAGGAAGACAAGUUGACCGUGUCCCGUGCACGGAAAAUACAGCGUUUCUUGUCUCAGCCAUUCCAGGUUGCUGAGGUCUUCACAGGUCAUAUGGGGAAGCUGGUACCCCUGAAGGAGACCAUCAAAGGAUUCCAGCAGAUUUUGGCAGGUGAAUAUGACCAUCUCCCAGAACAGGCCUUCUAUAUGGUGGGACCCAUUGAAGAAGCUGUGGCAAAAGCUGAUAAGCUGGCUGAAGAGCAUUCAUCGUGAGGGGUCUUUGUCCUCUGUACUGUCCCUCUCCUUGCCCCUAACCCAAAAAGCUUCAUUUUUCUGUGUAGGCUGCACAAGAGCCUUGAUUGAACAUACAUUCUUUCUGAACGGUAUUUAAGGUUUCCAAUAAAAUGUACACCCCUCA